GUGUACUAAAAAAUAUCCUUGACAAAUUGACGUUAUUACAGUAAGAACCAUUCUGUUGCUAAGCCAGCCACCAACUGUAGAGCCGCCAUGCUACCAGAAACAUCACAGGAAAUGCUACUGCUUUAUGGUUUUCCUGUCAGGUAAUACCAGCCGCCCAUCGUCUCGUGGCCAACAUUGAUGUAGUUUGGACCUUGGCUGGCGAGAGUGACGAUAUUAAACAUGAGCAAGGUUAAAACAAGGGCACGGAGCUGCUUGUCCAUGCUCGGUCUAAUCUCCAGCUUUUUAGGAUGGAGCUUCCUGAUAUCGAGUGUCGCAGCAACAUACCCAUUGCCAUCUCGCAGCUCCUACCGACUACCUUUGAUUGGAGUGUUCCACUUGUAGUCAGUACCGCUCGCGUCUUUGAACUUCCAACCGAGCUGUGUAACUCUUUGCUCCAGUUUAAAUGUCAUAUCUCGUACUAUUGCAUAUCUACAACUGGUGUUGCCUCCGGGCGAUCGCUGCUCUUGACUUUGGACAUGAUGCCAGCAACUAGCGUGGUAUUGCCAUCAAAAUCAAUUUCAACCGAGCUGAGGAUCAAGUUCGGGCACUUUACAUAUGCUCUGUAGACAGGCUUGCCAGAACCCUGGGCCGCAUCGAUGCUGUCAAAACAGCCGCUGUAGAAAACGACACACCUCACAGCGAUGGGAACAGUUUUGGAGAAAAUUGUAAAUGGAUCUGUGGAC